GGGGGAGUCAGGAGGGAACAAUACUGGGGGAGUCAAGAGGGCCCAGUAUGGGGGGUCAGGAGGGCACAAUACUGGGGGAGUCAGGAGGCCACAAUACUGGGGGAGUCAGGAGGGCACAAUACUGGGGGAGUCAGGAGGGCACAAUACUGGGGGAGUCAGGAGGGCACAAUACUGGGGGAGUCAGGAGGUCACAAUACUGGGGGAGUCAGGAGGGCACAGUACAGGGGAAGUCAGGAGGGCACAGUACAUGGGGAGUCAGGAGGGCACAGUACAGGGGAAGUCAGGAGGGCACAGUACAGGGGAGUCAGGAGGGCACAGUACAGGGGAAGUCAGGAGGGCACAGUAGAGGGACCAGGAGAGCACGACACUGGGAUCAGGAGGGCACAAUACUG